GAAGCACAAGACUCCAUUUCUAUAUUUGAGGAGUAUGAUGACUCGGAUUCUACGCUAUCUGAGGAGGAGGAAGAUUUAGAUUACGUACCAAGUGAUGAUGAGGAUCAAAAUCCUCCCCCAUUGCUGACAUCCUCGCAGUUCAAGUGUUUUGAUGAAUCCUACGCAAAAAUGAAAAAGACUCAAAAGUGGAUUCUAUCAUCUGGGACAUGUGUUGAGGAUGUUAUCUUCGAGUAUUGUAAAGAAUUAUCAGCUGAAUCACUCUUACAUUCGUGGAUCAUAGAUUUGGAUGAUCAGGAGGCAGAAGACCUAUUUACAGAUGAAGAAUGGAGGGAAAUACGCAGUGAAAUCAGAAAGUUACCAAAGGUUGACGAAGCCUUUGUUAAUUCAAUGUUGCCACGAUUUGAUGUCAAAACAACGGGCGAGCUAAGAAACGUCUUAGAAACAACAUCUUACCGAAACUUGGAUGAGCCAUAUGACCGAGAGAAACAAGAUUACGAAGAUCCCAAUGGAACGCUACAUAGGUCACAUCUUGAAUCUUGGCACGACAUUAAUGUAUGGUCGCUAAUAAUCGAUCAUGGUUGGUCUCAUAGAAAGGAGUCUUCAAGCGAGGCAGUAUCCGCAAGAAAAAAUCGAAAAAGGGCACGUACACGUCGCAAGAAUAUAAAACGUAAGAAGAUGGGGUCUCGUAUGGAUGGAAUAUUCAGAGCGUAUGUCAAUGAUGUUGAAUAUGGAGUGAUUGAAGUAGCUAAGAAAUUUGACGAAACUAAAUUAUUGACUGACGGAUAUAAACUGAGUAAAGCAAUGCACGAUAUAUUGAGUAAACAAGUCAAUUUCGAAGAGACGAAAGUGAGGGAACUGAGAGUCGCUGGCAUGCUUCACUUGGGUCUUAAAACACAAGUUUUACAUCUGAGUAGUCCUAAGGGGUACGUGUCAAUAUUAAAACGAGAAAAGCUCCUUGAGGUGCCAGUUGCAGUCGAAAAAAUACAGGAUCUCAUCAGGGUGUUGACAAGUGUGUGGAUGCUGAAGAAAAUGAUUGUAGACUGCGUGGACAUAGUGAACUCACAAGUUCAAAAUUCAACGGAUUUUAAGCAAGAACUAAUUGCCAUGGGCACAGAGACUCCACCACCCUCAAUUGUUUUGCCAUGGUCUUGCGAUACAAAAUAAAGAUACUGCAAUUAAGGCAGAUAAAAAGGGCAUCAUUAUCAAAAAGUUUGGUUUGAUGAUGUUAUUUAGCAAAUUAUCUUAACUUUCAUUUUGAAUCAAAAAUAAUAUAUUAUAUAGACUUUAUGCUUCUUGUUCCACAAAAUCGAUAAUGCUUAUAUAAUGGUACUAGUUUAACAGAGUUUGGGCUUUAUCAACUAUAUCUUUUUAACAUGUAUAUUUUCUUUGAGACAGCUCGUCCCAAUGGUAAUGAUCUGUAUCAUGUGAAAUUUUUUUAAUUGGCCAGAUGUGAUGCAACUCACGCAUAA